GAAGCGGCAGCUCUGUCAAACACCGGGAGCUUCGGAUUCUUUCUCCCCCUGAAGGAAACUGUGGAUUAUCAUCGGGUUGUCGUAGCAGCAGAGAAAAAACACGUGUAACUUGACUGCUUUCAGCCUUGUUCCAUGUUCCUAAGGGAAUAAACCCGGAGAAGACGCGUCCAGCUGCGUUUUUACGCACCAGGUUCCAGGUGUACUGACUGGAGACUCUUUAGUUCAUGGACUUUUAUUUCCCUCACUAAAGAUUUGAAUUGUGACUUUUAGUUUCUCACACUUUCCUGGACUCAUUUUGGUCUUUUUUUCACCUGGUUUGAGUCCCACGAUGCGAUUUUUUCUUGAGUGGAGGAGCCGCAGGGGACAAACAGUCCCGGUGACAAUGUCCCAGGGUUGUUAAAGUGAUUGGAUCGUGACCGGCGGAUAUGAACUUUCUCCACAAUGAUUGCUGCCGCUCUGGUGAAUGACUGACAGCUCGGUGGUGGAGCUGCAGGGACACAGUGGAUUGACCCACAGACGCGGAACUUGUUUAAAUCACAGAGACGCAUGAGGGCGAAGAUUUCUUUCAGGCUUCAGAUAUGGAAUCAUGAGUUAAAUCCAACUUUUCCUUCACUUUUAUUACUUUUAUCCUCUCAAUUAGUUUAGAUUUCUAGUUUAAUAGAAUGUGGUUUUUCCCCAUGGCACUCCUGGGGAGACACGCGCCACGCAGCCCUGUGCUCCCGCGGCCCCUCGUGUUUUCUCUCCUGCUGCUCCUCCGUGGUGCGGGUCUCACCUCCGCAGCCUCCAAGGACCUGGUGUGCGAGCCCAUCACGGUGCCCAUGUGCAAGGGCAUCGUCUACAACCUGACCUACAUGCCUAACCAGUUCAACCACGACACCCAGGAGGAGGUGGGCCUGGAGGUGCACCAGUUCUGGCCCCUGGUGCGCAUCCACUGCUCGCCGGACCUGCUCUUCUUCCUGUGCAGCAUGUACACCCCCAUCUGUCUGCCGGACUACCGCAAGCCGCUGCCGCCCUGCCGCUCCGUGUGCGAGCGGGCCAAGCGCGGCUGCUCCCCGCUCAUGAGCCAGUACGGCUUCGAGUGGCCGGAGAGGAUGAGCUGCGAGCGGCUGCCUCAGCUGGGGGACGAGACCCUGUGCAUGGACCAGAACAGCAGCGAGACCACCACACUGGCCCCCCCGUUCCCCAAACCCACCCCUAAAGGCCGGACCAGACCCCCGAGCCCCCCUAAGUGUGACAGGGAGUGCCGCUGCAGAGACCCCCUGGUCCCCAUCAAGAGGCAGUCCCACGCCCUGUACGGCCGGGUGCAGACCGGCCCCCUGGCCAACUGUGCUCAGCCCUGCCACCAGCACUACUUCUCGGCUGAUGAACGGGCCUUCACCAGCUUCUGGUUGGGCCUCUGGUCGGUGCUGUGCUUCGUCUCCACCUUGACCACUGUGGCCACCUUCCUCAUUGACAUGGAGCGCUUCAAGUACCCAGAGAGGCCCAUCAUCUUCCUGGCUGCCUGCUACCUCUUCGUCUCCCUGGGUUAUAUCAUCCGCCUGGUGGCAGGUCAUGAGCGGGUGGCCUGUGGUACCACUAGUGGUGCUGGUAGUGGUGGAGACCAGCUGCACAUCCUCUACGACACCACAGGCCCGGCUCUCUGCACCCUGGUCUUCUUGUUGGUGUACUUCUUCGGCAUGGCAAGUUCCAUCUGGUGGGUGGUGUUGUCCUUCACCUGGUUCCUGGCUGCAGGGAUGAAGUGGGGCAGCGAGGCCAUUGCUGGAUACUCUCAGUACUUCCACCUCGCCGCUUGGCUCAUCCCCAGCGUCAAGACCAUCGUGGUCCUGGCCCUCAGCUCUGUGGAUGGGGACCCUGUGGCUGGGAUCUGCUACGUUGGGAACCAGAGUCUGGAGAACCUCAGGGGAUUCGUACUUGCUCCUCUGGUGGUUUACCUCUUCACCGGUUCUCUGUUCUUGCUCGCAGGUUUUGUUUCUCUCUUCCGCAUCAGAAGCAUCAUCAAGCAAGGUGGCACCAAGACGGACAAACUGGAGCGGCUGAUGAUCCGCAUUGGGCUCUUCACGGUGCUCUACACCGUCCCAGCCACCAUUGUGGUGGCCUGCCUGGUCUACGAGCAGCACUACAGGCCUGGCUGGGAGCGAGCCUUGGCCUGCUCCUGCCUGACUGAGCGCCAGCGCUCAGGCCUUGGUCCGGACUACGCCGUCUUCAUGCUCAAGUACUUCAUGUGCUUGGUGGUGGGCAUCACCUCAGGAGUUUGGAUUUGGUCAGGCAAAACUCUGGAGUCCUGGAGGAGGUUUGUGGCUCGAUGCUGCCCCUGCUGGCUGCAGAAGGCCACGGCUCCACCAUCCAUGUACAGUGAGGCCAGUACUGCUUUAACUGGACACACUGGAACUGGGCUGACAUUAGGGAUGUAUCACAAAGCUGCUCCCGCUCAUAUAUGAAUUGAAUGGACUUAUUAUUAUUAUUAUUAUGUUCAUAUACACACUGAACAGUUCCCCGUGUGGACACUUAGAAACACACAAUUCAAACACUCCAGAACGAGUUGUGGACAAACAUCUGCAGGACUGUGACUCUGAUUAUCAGCGCAAAUUAAAAAACUGAAAAAAUCAACAAGUUACCUGAAAAAAAUGUAACUUGAAAAAGUAUUGGAAAAAAUGAAACAAUUUAACUGCUUUAAAGAGUUGAAAAAAAAUUUUCAGUCAGAGACAAGGAUCCUCGAUAGGAUCACUCGUUCUUCUUCUUGUUUGUUUAUCCUGAGCACUGAGAGAGAAAAACAUAUUUAUUUAUGUAAAUAUUGUAUACAUUUGAUGUAAAAAAAAGAGAAAAUUAGUUGUAUAGUGUGAUGAUUAGUUAGUUAACAACCAAUGUCACUGACACAAGUCAAGAGUGAGACACCAGGGAAACGAACCUCUUCUGAUUUGAAGUGUGUAUAAAUUUGUACAUAUCAGUGUUUGAGUUUGACGUUGAGUGUUUUUGUACCAUUACAAACUGAAAAGUUUUUUGUCAGACUUUAGAGUCACUUGACUAAUUCAGUCGUUUUAACAGACGACUCCAGUUUCUGAAGAGUGAAUUAGUUUUGUCGAUUACAUGUAAACGACCAGGGUGAAACUGCUAGGCCUUUAGCCUCACCUGCUGGUUAACAGAGGAACUGAUCACACCAGGGACUCAAACAUGGACCCCACUAGAAAAACAUGAGAACCGAGAUCCUCAAGUUUGAAAUAUAAAAAUAGUGGAGGCAAAUCUACCCUUUGAUUAACUUUCUUAGACAUAAUCAACAUUUUUUAAAUAAUAUCUGUUUUGUCUCUUCUGCUGUGGAUUCUCUGAGGCCAUCACGUCCUCUUCGAGGUCCCUGGACCUCAUCUUGAGAACCGUUGCUCUGUUUUUCUAAUGAUUUCAUGACACAGGCUCUGAACAGACGAAGAAUUCACACGUUGAUAGAUUUUUGACACAAUAACGUAACAAAUAGAUAACUUAACCACAGACGGGAUUGAUAAUUAACCAUUUAUAACAUUUAUUUCUCGUCAAGUUUCAGUUCGAUUUUGCUUUAGAUUCAAAACAUU